UAUUUGUGAGCGAUGUCAAAUGCUUCUUAAAAGGUGAUACAACGGUGAAAGGGUUCCAUGAAAGUAGGAAAGCAGCCGAAAAGAAAUGGUGAAUACAAGACAUAGAUCGGAAAAUAGCCAAGAAGAAUCUAUUUUACCAUCCGAAAGUUUUAGAAAAAAGGAACAUGUUAGUUACUGCGAAGAAAGCGAUGAAAGCAGUGGUGUUGUAAACUUCUCACCAAGAAGACACAGAAAAUCUUCAAACACCAAAAAUACCAGAGCAAGCAACCGGCGCAGAUUUGUGAUAGAUGAUGACCCCACAGAUGAAGAAAGUGACUUGGAAUCCCAUCAGCAGCCAUCCUCAAAGUCUAUACCUCCUGGUCGAUCAAGUCGGCCAAUCAUGGAAGACAAAGAGGAGGCAGUGGUACGCCGCAGCAGUAGACAAAGGAAGCUACUUUAUGGAACCUUUGACCCCAAGAUCCUAGAUAGGGCUUUGUAUGUGGAUAAACAAAGCUAUGAACACGAUGAGGAGAAUCCAAGGAAGAAGAGAAGAGUGGAGGAAGUUAAUGAUAGUGUACAUAUUGAUAUGGAGGAGAGCAUGUACAGCAGAGUUAAGAGAGUGAGGAAACCUGUGAAGAGAGACAUGUAUGGUAUGCCUGUUCACGAGUCUUCUGAGAGUGAAUCCAGUGAUGAGGAAAAUGAUGAAGAUAAUAAUGAAGAAGAUGAGGGAAACAAUGAGGAAGAAGAGGAGGAGGAGGAAGAAGAAGAGGAAGAUGAAGACAAAAAGUCUGACAAAUCACAAAGACGCUCUUAUUACCUCAGGGAACACAAGCCCAGAACUCAACUGUUUGAAGUACCAAUAGAAGAGAGAAGACGAAGAAAACCCACAAUUUUUGCUGAAACACCAGAUUCACCUGUUAGACGAAAGAAACACUCCCCAGUAUACCGUUCACCAGCACACAGGCGGGUCAAUCUCAGGAGAAAAAGAAGAGCUUUCCAUGGUAGCUCUAGCACCUCCUCCUCAGCAUCUGGUUCCAGCAGUGAUGAGGAGCAUUUCCAGAGAAGGAAAGCCAAGAGUAUGGCAAGGGCUCGUAACCAACUGCUGCCCAUGAACCUAGCAGAUAAGGACAUUGUAGGAACAAUGAAAGACAGGCAGAGAAUUGGAGCCAGUCUGGCAGAUGUUGAUCCAAUGACCAUUGACAAAUCUGUGACAUUUGAGAGUGUAGGAGGUCUGGAUAACCACAUUAGAGCUUUAAAAGAAAUGGUGGUUUUCCCACUCCUCUACUCAGAAGUCUUUGAGAGAUUCAAGAUAACUCCUCCCAGAGGAUGCUUGUUUUAUGGACCACCAGGCACUGGGAAAACUCUGGUAGCAAGAGCUUUGGCCAAUGAGUGUAGCAAGGGAGAUAAGCGAGUGGCCUUCUUCAUGAGGAAAGGUGCUGACUGCUUGAGUAAAUGGGUCGGAGAAUCAGAGAGGCAACUUCGACUUUUGUUUGAUCAAGCCUAUCAGAUGCGACCCUCCAUCAUUUUCUUUGAUGAAAUUGAUGGCCUGGCACCAGUGAGAUCGAGCAGACAGGACCAGAUCCAUAGUUCUAUUGUGUCCACUCUGCUGGCUUUAAUGGAUGGGCUCGACAACAGAGGAGAAAUUAUCGUCAUAGGCGCCACCAACAGGAUAGACUCCAUUGAUCCCGCUCUCAGGAGACCUGGACGAUUUGACAGAGAAUUCAUGUUUUCAUUGCCGUCUAAAAAUGCAAGACGACAGAUUCUAUCCAUACAUACCAAGGACUGGAACCCUAAACUACUACCUCAGUUUAUUAAUAGUGUGGCUGAUCUCUGUGUUGGUUACUGUGGAGCUGACCUGAAGGCGCUGUGUACAGAGGCAGCACUACUGGCCCUGAGGAGACGGUACCCCCAGAUCUACCAGUCUUCCGAGAAGCUCCAGAUAGACGUGGCCAGUAUCAGUAUCAACGCCCAGGACUUCCAACUCGCCAUGCAUUCCAUCAUCCCAGCCUCUCAGCGGUGUGUGGCAUCCCCAGGAAAAGCCCUGGGCUGCCACAUCAGACCAUUGCUACAAAACCUGCUGUCCAUUGCAUUAGAUGCCUUAAAUAAAGUAUUUCCUGUUGGCAGUGCUCAAGCAACAUCUCAGGACUCUAAAAAUCAGGGAUUAGGUGAUGAGUGGAGUGAAGAGGAGGACCAAGAAGCCUUGACUAUAUAUGAAGGCAAGAGAAGAAACCGCAUCAGUGGUGAAGAGAUGAUGUCCAGUCUUAUUAGACACUCGAGCAAAAAACCCUGUUUGUACAGACCUCGUUUGAUUCUGGAGGGAGGAGCAGGCAGAGGACAGACCACUCACCUGGGGCCGGCACUGCUACAUCACCUGGAACACCUGUCUGUCCACCUGCUGGAUCUGUCCACCAUGUUCUGUGUGGCCACAAGGACCCCUGAAGAGGCUUGUGCUCAUAUAUUCCGCGAAGCGAUGAGAACUUCCCCUAGUAUUGUGUACAUGCCACGAAUUAACCAGUGGUGGGAUGUCUUGUCUGAAUCCAUGAAAACAACCUUACUGACUACAAUCCAAAACCUUGACCCCGCCUCUCCUAUCUUACUCCUGGCGACCAGUGAAGAGCCCCUCACACAGAUAGAUGCCAUGGUUCAGAGUGUGUUUGGACAGCAUGCAGGGGAGGUAAUUCACAUAAGUAAUCCCACAAAGGAAGAAAGGAGAGAAUACUUUCAGGAUCUAUUGCUGAAUCAGACAGUAAAAGUCAAGAUUGUGAAGAAGAACCGAGUUCGUGAUUUAGAGGUUUUGCCUAAAGCACCUCCCCCUCCCCCUAGAACACUGACAGACAAAGAGUUGAAGACUCUGAAGGACAAGGAGGAGAGUACCCUCAGGGAGCUCCGGAUCUUCCUCCGGGAAGUGGUCAACAAAGUGGUCAAGGACAGGAAGUUCUACAUAUUUGCUCGCCCUGUGGAUGUAGAGGAGGUGCCUGACUACUAUGAUGUGAUCUCCAAGCCCAUGGAUCUGUCCACUAUGAUGUCUAAGAUAGACAUGCAUCAGUACCAGACAGGCAAAGAGUUCCUGGAGGACGUGGACCUGAUCUGUAGUAAUGCCCUCGAGUACAACCCAAACAAGGACACAACCAGUCGGGCCAUUCGUCACAGAGCCUGUGCAUUAAGAGAUACGUUCCAUGCCAUAAUAGACACAGAACUGGAUCCAGAGUUUGAGAAACAAUGUGAAGAGAUUGCCAAAUCAAGGAAGAACAGAGGUGAAACCCAGAACGGCAAUGUUCCAGCGUUUUACAUCACUAAAUCCAUGAUGACCAAUCAGGAGAGAUUCAGCCGUCGUGUCAGAGGGCUAGAUAUAGAGCCCCAUCCGGAGCUUGAAAACGUUGAGAAACAGUGGAGUGAGAGAAGACGAUCACCUGUCAAAAACAAGGAGGAGGAGGGAACAGAAGGCCAAGGGGGCAGUAUGGGAACCUCUAAUGAGGAAGCUCUAGAGAUCAAGAACACAACCUCCCCAAGGGUGACAACCCGGGCUCUGUUUACCAAGAAGUCAUUCACUGUGUCCUCUAAAAAACCAAAGAAGAAGGAAGUGUGGAGUUAUACAAAGAGAAAAAGGUUUAGAAAAUUUGGACGAUACUCCCUUCCCUCUGUCAAAUCACAGCUGAACAAAAGAUUUUUAGUGAGGAAAAGUGCAGAGAAAGACUCUGAAUCGUCCCAAUCGAAGCCACUGCAAGUGGAUGUUGCAGAACCAGAGGAAAAUAAGAGUAGUUCUAAAUCGCCCCCUAUUCUUGCUCAAAUGUCUCCUAGUCGCCCUGUAAAAGUUCUCUCUCCUCGAAGACUGAGUGAUGUAUCAGACAAAAAGAAUACCAGUGAGAAAGUCUCAGACUUGCCAAUCAAAACGGCCAACCAACAAACCACUGCUAUGGAAGUAGACAGUGGAAUAAGUAGCUCAGUUGAUAGCAAUGGAGACUCUUUGGACAGUGUUGAGCAAGCUAAACAGCUGGAAAAGCAGAAAGUACAUGUAUUAGCAAUGGAAGAGGAGGAAGAAAAUUCAACUGUGAAAGAGCCUCCAGUGCUGGUCCCUGAAUCAGAACCAGUGACGGGGGUGGUGGUCAGUAGGGAGGGGCUGGAACAGCUGUUAGAGAGGGUGGUGACCCAUACAGAGGGCCUCAAUGUGGAGAGGCUACAGAAACUGUACAGUGUGUUCAGUCAGUGCAUUGUACGACACAGGAACAGUUACAGUAAAGUGGACCUCAUACAGGAGCUGCAAACUAUAACAGAAAAAAGUUGUACAGUCCUGACAAGGAGCAGAUCUGAUGAAACGGUGCAUCCUUGAAUGAACAUACAUACAAUGAAAUGAUAUUUAAAGGUCUGAAAUAUGGUAUUUAUUUUAAGCACCAUUCUAGGAAUGAGUGCUAUUUGUAUGUUUUGUGCUAUCCUGGGCCAGUCUUCUGUUGAGCAAAUGAAAUUGUUUGUGUACGAAGAACUACCGGUAUGUCUGUUAAUCCAAGCAGCUACUUCACAAUGUACAACAUACAAUGCGUGUGUCAUUGUUAAUUCAGAUUACUUACCGCCCGGUACAUUAAAUAUAAAACAGUAACACUUUAAAGAAAGAAGUUUGACAAUAACAAUAGUAUUUGGUCUGCAAUGGCUUAAAUGUACAUGUACAAUAUUUUAAAUAAUUUGAUUAGAAUAUGUUCUAUCAUGCAUGAAAUAUUUUUAAAAAAAGCAGAUUUGAUUUGUUGAAAGUUUUGUAUGGUGUAACUGUUAAAUUGCUUGUUCUACUUUUGUUUGGAUAUGAGCAUGUUCAUGUAAAUGUAUAUAUUUUUGUACUGUAUAUACUAUAUUAUUUAAUGUAUUUAUUAUUGAUUUUAACAUGAUACUGACACUUACAUGUGUAUUGCUGAAUUAUACAAAUAUUCAGAUGCAAAGUCCACUGUUCAGUUCAGAGUCAUUUCCAAUUGAUUUUACUGUGAUCAGUUAUACACAUUUUUUUCAUUUUUUUUUUCAUCAAUUUUACAUUUUACACUUUUGUCAAUUUAUCUGUGUUAAAAAACUGUUGUUUUGAAAUUGAAAGAUCAUGUUAUUUUACUCAAUAUUUCCGACAUGACUGUGUUAAGGAUGAUUUUGCAGUGGUAGGAUUUUGAUCAAAUGAAGAUCACAAAUUGCAAUGUUACAAUGCAACCCAAGUUUAGUUGACUGAUUUUGGUUAAUAGAGCAAGGUUAGACCUUAUUGUGUACUGUUGUACAUAUUUGUUUGGUGAGUUUGUAUAAAUCUUGUCUCUAUGUUACACGUUUUACCAGUACAUGUAUAAAUGUCUUGUUCUUUUCAGUCUAUUACUGUAGAUUCCUUAUUUUAUGUGAGUUAUUAAUUCCUUGAUUUAACCGUUUUGCAUCAAAUUGUGAGAAUAUAAAAUCCAGAACGCCUAAUUUAUAUCAUAGUUUCAUUUACUUUACAUCUGUAAAAAAGAAUGGUCACGUUUAAUUAGGAAUCUACUGUAAAGAUUUAUUGUCAGAGGUGUAAUUCUGCAUGAAAGAUCUCCAUUGUAAAAUCUGUACCCAAGUUUUUCUUGUGUGUAUUUAGAUUGUGAUUCAUUAGAAACCAUCAGUGGUGAGAUUGUACCAUCUUGUGGUCGCCUGAACUGUUAACUUCAUCAUCAGUAUAUCAGUACAUCACUGCAAUCAGGGACUUGCCAAUCAAAGCAAACACGCUGGUUCCGCACAAGGCCAUGCCACUGUGUGGUAAAGUCUCAGGAACUCUGCUCAACGGUCUUAUUUAAUAUUGUACUUACACCAAUAAAUUAUUAACUAUU